GAUACGAUGGCCGAUCCGAUUCUAUACGAUAUCCCAAAUUAAAAAAACAAUUGUCUAUGCUCUGUGAUUGUCACUGUCAAAUUCAGUGUCGUUGACUGUUUGGUUUGGAUUGUUUGAAGAAAUCAAAACAAAAUUUACAAAAAAUGAAAACUUCUGAAUUGUAAACUAAAUAAAAAUAACUGAACCUAAAAUUAGAUUAUUUACAAAUUAUUUGUAUAAUAAAUAAGAAAGAAUACAAUAUGGGUGAAGCGUAUUUCAACUUGAAACGGAAACUCGAAGAUUUGGGUUACAGCAAUUCGUUACCAGUCGACGCAGUGCCUUUGGUAGAAUGUAUUCUUGCAGAUUUGCUACAAACCACCCGAAGUCUUCAACACUACAUGGAUUUGUCAAAGGAAGCUUUGAUGCAGCGUGAUUCACUAAUGUUAGAAGCUGAACCAUACAAGUGUGAUAAUGCUAAGCUUAUUCAAGAAAACAAUCAGCUUCAUAGAGAAGUUUUAAAAUUAAAAGAAGAAAAUCUGCGCCUGUCAAAAGAAGGUAAGAGAAAGAUAAAAAUGUUGUCCGAAGAACUUGCUAAAAAGGAAGUCAUUGUAAGUAAAUUACAGCAUGAUGUUAGAGAUCUUAGUCUCAGAGGUUUGUGUGCUGAUACAUUGAGCUCUAGGAACAAGAGCAAAAGGAGAGACGGGGGUGACACCCAGACUUCUAAAGUGUGUAUCUGUAGUGAUAAGAAACCCUGGGACCUGGAUAAAGAUGUGAUGGAAUUAAACCAAAAGAUUCAGCUACUAGAAGAAAAGAAUGAGGCCUACAAUGAUGAAGUAUUUUUAUUAAAAAAUCAAGUGGAAAACAGAGAUCAUGAAAUUGUAAGGUUGAAUAUUUUGCUAGAAGGAGGCCGCUCUUUAUCUGCUGUCAACAAAGAUUGCUGUCAUUUAAAUUCAGAUGGAAAAAUGCAAGAUUUAUUCAAAGAAAUACGUGAAAUGGAAACAUCAAAUGAGUUAUUGAAAAAGGAAAUUGAAAUUGGACUAGAAAAGCAACAUGAGGCAAUGCUACGAGCACUGUCACUAGCUGAUAAGAACAAGGCAUUGCAAGAUGAGCUACAAAAAGUAGAUACAUUAGCCCUCAAAGUUGAAGAUGACUGCAAUAAAAGGUUGGCAGCCAUGAUGAAUGAAGUUAACUUUUUGCAAACCAGAAUAGAAGGAUUGACCUUAAAAAACAUGGAGUUGGAGAAAGAAAUGUCCCAGCAAAUGUUAAGAGGAAGCUCUUCAGGGACCCAAAAAAUUCAGAAGUUACUCAGUGGAACAAUAAAAGAAAAGGAAGCUUUACAGAGGGAAAUAACAGACUUAGUGGAAUUGAAUAAGAGCUUGCAAGAAAAAAUAAUAACUUUGUCUCAUAUAAGUAAAACUGCUAGCUCAGAAAAUAUUGAAUAUAGGUCAAAAGACAAGAAGUGUCCAUCAAAAGAAGAACUAUUGGUUAUACUGGAUAAUGAUAGAAAAAAGUAUGAAAAACAUAUGAUAGACAUUCAAGAUAAACUUUCUGAAACUAUGAGUUUGUUUAAUAAACAUUUAGGAAAAUGUAAAGACAAAGAAAGUCUUAGAUUUAACUCAUUCAAUGAUAGUUCUUAUGUUAGAGAUCUGCAAAACAGACUUUGUGAAAGUGAUCAGAAGAUGCUAAUGCUAAAAAAAGAGAAUGAAGAUUUAAAAAGUAAAAUGCACAAAUCAGGUGAAGGUAAUAGGCAAAACUAUAAAGAUGUUAUUAGUCAACUGAAUGCUGAGAAUACUGAAUUAUCCAAGGAAAACAUUUCAUUGAGUCAGCAAUUAAGUCAAUGUAGAAGUUUGCAAUCUGCUAAACUCAAUGAAAGGGGUGAUUAUGGCAGAUCAGAUAUUCAAAAAUUAAAGGCAAAAGUGGAUGAAUUAACAUAUGAAAUUCAAAUAGUAAACAAAGACAAACAAGAGUAUAAACUAAGGUAUAAAGAAGCUAUGGAGACAGUUGAGAAAUUAAAAGGUGACUUAGCAUUCAAACAAAGAGAAAUGGAGCAAUUGCAAGAAGAAAAUGUAUCUUAUAAAAUGACACAUAGAAACGGAAAAGCUUCAGUUGAUCAUUUGAAAGAAGAAUGUAAUUUCUUGAGAGAACAAAUAAAAAGGAUGCAGUCAGAUGUAAUAAAAGAAAAAACAUUGGCAAACCAGAUAAAAAAUAUACAACUAGAGACAGAAAGAAGUAGCAGUGAAGUGCAGAAUGAACUAUUAUCCACUCAGAAGAAACUAUGUCUCUCAAAAGAUACUAUUGAUGCUUUAGAGAAGAGAUGCAAUGAUUUACAAUCAGAAAUACUAUCUUUGAAAAGUGAUAAAUCUAAUUUAAUUGACAAUAUAAGGAAAGUUGAUCAGGAGCGCGAUAAAUUAGUAAUAGAACUAGACCAUAAAACAGAAACUGUAAGUGUUCUGGAGCAGAAGUUAAAGUCACAAUCAUAUGAAGUCAACAAAUUAGAAAAUGAAAUAGCUGAACUGAAAAGAAAAUUAAAUGUAAACAAAGUAUCAGAACAUAAACUAUCAGACUAUGAAUCCCAAAUUGCAUUUUUAAAUGGUGAAAUAUUGAGACUAACACAACAACUUGAUUCUUCUGUAAUUGAAAAUAAGCAUUUGCAAAACAGUUUGGCUGAUACAAAUGGAACUCUUAGACUAACCAGGAUUGAGUAUGACAAAUCUAGAAAAGAAGUGGAUAGUUUGAAACAGCAGCUACAGCAUUAUGUUGCUGAAGUAAGAAGAAUUGAGGAAAUGUUAUCUCAGAAAGAAGCAGAGAGAUCUGAUAUGUUGGAACAGUUUGCUAGUCUUUCUGUAGAAGCAAAUAUAUUGGAGAAUACCAAUCACUCCUUGGAAAGUGAGUCUGCUUCAAAAUCUCAACAAUUACAAAGUUACAUUAGUAAAAUCCAAAGUUUGGAAGCAAAGUUGAUGGACAAAGAGAGUAUUAUAGAAAAUCAGUCAGCUCGAGUUUCUGCUAUGACUUGCAAAAUUAGUUCAUUGGAGAAUGAAAUAAAACUUAUGGCAGAAGAAAAGAUUAUACUGGAACAGAAUUUGACAUAUUUAAAACAAAUGUGUAAUAACUUACAAACAGAAAAUGCAAGUAACAGUAGAUGUGCUGGUGAAACUGACUCAGAAUUAAAACUUUAUGAAAAUAGAAUUAAAUCUUUGUCUAAUUCUAAAGCUAAGUUAGAAGUGGAGAAAGAAGAAAUGAAAGAAAAUUUGAUGACAACAGAAAGACUGCUUUCAAAUGCAAGACAGGAAAUUGUGGAGCUAAAAUUGGCAUUACAAGAUGCAACUUCUGAAACUAAGAGUUUGCAAGAUCAAGUUAAUAAAUUGAGUAGAAAAGAAGCAGACAUUCAUGAGGCUACAAUGACAAGAGAACUUGAGCUGCCAUUGAUGUUAGAAGAGACAAUACAUGAAGUGAGUCAUGAAGAGGAUGAUGACAGUUUGCGAUUUCAUGAGGUUCACAAGAGAUUCUCUAAGUAUUCUCAUAGUGGAACUAUUUAAUUUCUUUAAAUUAAUUACCUAAUUGAUUAAUGUAUAUCAUUAAAUGUUGCAUGUGAAGCACUUUACAGGGUUAAAAUUGUUUUGUAUGAAAUAGUUAUUGUUCUUAUCAUGUACAUACUUAGUUCUUGUGACUUGAAGUUAUGUAAUUUAAAUACUUUAACAUUCUUUCAUAUUAGAAAAUGAAAUAAAAAUGUUUAUUUAAAAAAAUUAAGUAAUUUAUUAGUUUUAAAUAAAUAUACUAAAUUGUAUUGUUUAUAUAAACUUUUUUAAUUAACUCCAUAGGUAUACAUAUUGCGUAGGUACAACAAAGACACUAGCUUCAUUAUUUACAGUAUUUGAUUACCAAAAUAAAUAAAAUAGGUACUAUACAAGGGGUAGGAGUAGCAACAAUAUAGCAGACCAAGUACAUAGUAAAUUGAUGGUUCACUAUAUUGUUACUAAUAAUGUGUGAAUAACAUAAAUUGUAAAGAACUACAUUCUCAAUACUAAGGUACCUCUACAGUCCCUGAGCUGUUAUAACUAAUAACAAGGCCUUGUACUGACUGCUCACAGACUUAUUCAUUAUACAUUGUAAUGUAAGUACAAAACAUCUCUCUAUUUUUUUAAAACAUGUCAUCUUGUGCAAUAUUGUUAAUACCUUGAUAUUCAUGUUUGACAGUUUUUUCUAUCGAUUCCAGAUACAAAUUCUUAUAUGAAAUUAACUAAUCAGUUUGACAUAUUAACGGUGGGUUCUAUUAAGUCCACAAUGAACAUAGCAAUCUAACCUACAUAAUAUUGCAUAGUUUUAUUUAAAUUUAUAGGAAUGAAUACCACAUUAUGUGCAGUAUUUAUUUAUUUAAUACACCACCCAUACCAAUAACAUACAUAUUUUUUACAAUCUUUGUAACAAGUUUAAUUCCAACCACUUAUAGGCCACAGCAUCACAAUGUACCAUAUAAACUAUUGUUUUUAUAUCUAUAAUUUAUUUUCCAAUACUUCAAACCCCUCAACAUUUUUGAGGAAUGGACUAGUUGAAGGCAAAGGGUAUACAUGUUUAUUAUUUUAUGACAGUUAUAUAAAAAAGUAUGCAAAACAUAUAAUACAAUAAGAUCUACAGUAUUUACAAUAAGUAGGUAUACCAAACAAUUUUAAUAUGAGUAUUUGUACAAAGUACAUGUGGAAAUCAUGCAUUGGAAUUCAGCACCCUAUCUUAUUUAUUCAUCUACUAUAAUUAAGAUAAUUGACUUUCAAUUCAUCUGACCCAUAAUGAAAGAGCUGGUUGUAACUGCAGUAUCUACCAUACAUUACAAAGUGGCUAAAAUUCUAGUAAACCCAAUACCAGCACCAAGCACUGUCUGUCCGAUGCCCCAUAUCAUAGCAUGAAUGGGCAUCAUCUUCAAGUUGGCAGCCCGGUAAAUAAACGCAACCGCGGCACUGCUAGCUACGCCUGAAGUCACUGGAUUCACUACGCCCAUCACGAUUAGUAGCACGGGAAAGAACUUGCCAUAUUUGUGCUUCCUUAACGUUGCGAAGGCGACGAGCGCGGCACAAGUAUGCACAAACACCGAAGAACAUAAC